UGUCCCUGCCCCCGCGCGCUCCGUCCCGCUGCUCCCUCCGCGUGAGGCAGACGCGGGUGCGGGCCGAGGCGCGUCCCCGGCUCGCGCUGCUCUGGACACGCUGCGGGCGGCGGAAGUGGGUUGUUGAGUGACUUAGUGACCGGAAACCCUGAGAGAUCCGAGACCCUCAGCCAGCAGGCCGGGCGCGGGGCGUGGGGCGCGUUUCUUUCAUCCAGCGAGCGGGACGCGCUGCGCUGCCGGGGUGGGAUGGCCCUCACGGGGGAGGGGGUGGUCCUCACUGAGGGGGGCCUCACCCCUGAGACCCUUUCGGGCGACUCCGCCCCGGCCAUGCCCCUCCUGCGGGUCUGUUUGCUGCCCAGGCCUCCGUCGGCGGCUUCAGCAGGGGCACGUGGUUCCCAGUCCCAUCCCACCCGUCGGGACGCAGGCGGGUCGGGCCGGGGGCUCUCCUGGGCCCGGGUCCCUGCCAUCUCCGGGCAAACCCUGAGUCCGCCGGGAGCCACGGGUGACUGUCCCUGGAAGAGGGUCUGCGCUCGAGCUGGGGGAGGGUGGGAGGAGCCCUCCGGCUGCAGGGGUUGAGCUGGCUCUAGGAAGGCACCGCGGGGAAGAGGAUGGGGCGGCCCGCGGGGCGGCUUCUGGCCUCCUGCCCCGAGGGAGGAGCUCAGCGCAGCUCACGGGGCAGCCUUUCCGCCGGGGUCCAAGGACGGAGUUCUCUGGGCUGGGCCCAGAGAAGACUCCGCGGGACAGGGCGCUGUGUGGUGGGAAUGGCAACGGUGGGACACCGGGAUGCAGGCUUUGGAGCAGAGAGCUGCCGGAACAGGGGCUGGGUCCCAUGCGAGCGGCCUGCCCGGACGCCCCGGCACCCAGGAGCAAGGAGGAGGGGGACCGGCCUGGCGCUGCCUGUGGCGGGGGAGGGGUGGGGCCUGUGCCCCGAUGGAGGAGCGCGCGUCGUGCGGAGGUGCCCGGGACGCCGCGUCUGGACUGUCGGCCCUGAGAAGCCUCGCUCCAGAGCUCUGGCAGGAUCUGACAGCAGCACCUGGGCCCCCGGGGGUCACACGUGUGCUCGCCCGAAGCACACGCGGAGCUCACUGGGCGGGACACGCGGGCAGAGCUUUGUGUCUGGACGAAUGCUGAUCCGAGACGAGGACGCUUGAGUACCCUGCCGCCCCAGAGCCCCAGCUCUCCGUGCGGGGCUGCGCUGCCUGGGUUCCCGGCCGCCGCCCCACGUCCCAGCCCUGCUCCCCUGCACCUGUUAGACCCGGGGUGGUGGUGGGGAGGGCCUGGCCUUUCUGCAGACCCCUCCCUGCGGGCAGCCUCGGGGGCGGGGGAAGCGUGGGGCGGUGCCGUGGACCCUCUCUGGGCCUUUUCCCCAAGAGCCCUCCCCGGUCCUUUCCCUCCUUCCUCUCCCUCCCUCCUCUUCCUGCCUGUGCUGGGCUGAAUGGGGAAGUUUCCAGUGAACAGCGGACGGACGUGAUCAUCUAUCUGGGUGAACCGCAGAGCAACCACUUCUGGAGGUUCUGCUGCAGAUUGAGUUCUCGGUUGGCUUUUGUGUGGGUAUUUGUGUCCAGGGUCCUAGAAGCCACCACUGAGACAGUGAGGAAGUGGCUCGUUUGCAGUUAUCCCCUUCCCUCAGUGUCCUGUCAUCGCGGGUGGGGAGGACACGAGUCCCCUCUGGGUCACAGAGCAGGUUGAAGAGGGGCUGGUCACCUUCAGGCACACGAGUGCCGUGGGGCCCAGGGACCUUCUGCCCUGGUGGAAGGAUGUGGCGGCCGGCUGGGAGCGGGGCUGCCACGCGUGGGGAGAGGCCUCUUCCGGGGCCAGGGGUCCGGGUCACCAGGAGGGCCGUGGGACAUCCCUUUUCUUCUCCCUGGCUCCAAGGCGAGGGAGGUUGUUGGGACAGAGGCCCACCUCGACGCUCUGGAGCGGCCCCCGGCACACCGGCCUCUGCGGGCCGUCUUGCCGCACCCCGUGUGCGCACACCUCUCGGCCAGGGCCUGGGCAGGUCGGGCGGCGGGAGACGAGGACACUGGGACUCGGAGGCUUUUCGCACUGGGGGGUGGGUUUCACUUCUGGGGCUUGUGUGACGGGGUGGCUCCCCCUCUUUAUUCCGCCCUCCCUUGGGCUGCUUUUUAAACCUCUUAUUGAGGUAUUUCACAUAUCGUAAAAUUUCCCCAUUUAAAGUGGUUUCCAGUUUACUCUCAGAGUUGUGCAGCCAUCACCACAAUCUAAUUUUUGAGCAUCUCAGCAGCCCCCAAAGAAACCACGCACAUUAUCAAUCACCCCCCAGUCCCCUUAUCCCCACAGCCCCAGGUGACCCUAAUCUACUUUUUUCUCUGUGGAGUUGCCUAUUCUGGGAAGUUCAUAUAAAUGGAGUCAUACAAUCUGUGGUUUUCUCUGACUAGAUUGUUUUCAUUCAGCAUAAUGUUUCAGAGUUCAUCCAAUGUUUCAAAUUUCAUUCCCUUUUAUGGCCAAAUAAAUAUUCCGUUUUAUGAAUAUACUACAUUUUCUUUAUCCAUUCACCACUUGAUAGACAUUCGGCUUUUUGCUGCCUUGAAUGAUGUCACGAUGAACAUUCGUGUACAAGUUUCUGUGUGGACGUGUGUUUUCAUUUCUCUUGUAUAUAUGCCUGCCUAGGAGUGGAAUUGCUGGGUCUUGUGAUAACUCUGUUUAACAUUCUGAGGAGCUGCAGAACUGUUUUCCAAAGUGGCUGCACUAUCUUACAUUUCCACCUGCACGGUAUGAGGCUUCCGGCUUCUCCACAUCCUCGCUACCACUUGCUAUUAUCCUUUUGGUUUUAGCUGUCUUGGUGGGUGUGAAGGGGUAUCUCAUUGUGGGUUUUUUUCCUUUCUUUCUUUCUUUU